AUGGAUGUCUUCUUGAUGAUCCGUCGCCACAAAAUGACCAUCUUUGCUGAUGCCAAGGAGACGACCACCGUGCAGGAGCUGAAGAAGAUUGUGGAGGGCAUCCUGAAGAGGCCCCCGGAGGAGCAGCAGCUAUACAAGGAUGACUGGUUGCUGGAGGAUGGUGACAGGACCUUGAUAGAAUGUGGGUUAAGCAGUCAGACCUCUCGUCCCCAGGCGCCAGCCAUGGUGGGCUUGGCCUUAUUCAGAGCCAGCGAGGGCUCCUUUGAGCCAUUGCACAUCGACCCCUUCUCCAGCACCCCCGAGCUGCCUGAUGUCUUGAAGCCUCAAGAUUCUGGCAGCAGCUCCGGUGAGCAGCCUAUGCAGUGA